AUGGGUGAGCGCGGAGGCCUCACUCCUGAGUCGCGGUUUGCAUUGUACGCGGCCCUAUUGCUUGGCGAGGAGAAGAGGGGAGGUGGCGGCUCUAGUGGAAGAGCAAGGCGUUCACUUCACCUUAAGAUUAUUGGAGGAUACGCUUCACAGUUGCGCGAGCUUGCUGUGUUGAGUGGGGCGGAUAGGGAGAACCUUGGGACUGCAGACAGCUACGUCUCUUGGUUGAAGCAGAACACGCCAGAGCGUGGCACUGCUCUUCCGUCCUUUUUGGCUUCGGAGGUUCCACUUUUCCCACGGCAUACUGAAUCGACGCCAAUCACUCCGGGCCCUGAUAAUACAUCCUCCAAUACAAUCUCCGGGGCUGUACCCGUGAGCGCUACUGCUGCGUCUUCGCCAUCUAGCGUUCCUGGUAAUACAAUCUCCGGGGCUGUACCCGUGAGCGCUCCUCGAGAGCCAUCGUAUCCACCGCCUUCGAUUCGUGCCUUGGGUACUAAUUCGGAAAGGGUUGCGGGAUCUUCAGGGCUAGAGGCUUCCGGGUCGCUAAGUGUUCUUCCGAGUGGGAGAAAUUUGCCGCCCCAGCCUCCUGUUCCAAAAGCUAAAACAGGAGUCACGCCAUCUACUGCACCAAACGUCGGACCAUAUCUCACGCUCGGACAGCGAGCAGCGGUUAUCUCACCUAACAAUCCGUUGCUUCGUGUGCGGUCGAGAUCUCCACCACGGUCCUCUUCGAUCCCAUUUGGAUCGGCAGGUAGCGGGGUUGGACCCGAGAGGGAGCGCGAGGCAGCCGAGGAGAUUCUUGAAUCAGCCGAGGAGGCUGCGGAGGAGUCUCUUGAUUCAGGUGCGGCUGCAAGCAGCGGGGUUGGACCCGAGCGCGCGACAACAGGCAGCGGGGCUGGACCCGAGAGGGAGUUGAGGUUCCGACCUGUGGCGCGUCAGGUGACUUCGCUUAAGGUUGCGGAGGGAUUGCUUCCGCCGGGUACUUCUGUGCUGCUGUCAUUGGACAUUCAUUUGGUCGCUGACCGCGACGAGGCGAGGACAUCUGCGUGCCUUGAGAGACUCUUGCGAGAGCACUCGGACUUGGCUGUGAUUUUCUGCUCGUACGCGGUGAAGCAAAAGACCAUUGAUAAGGCGGUCCAGUGUAUCCACCGUAUUUGUGAUCGGACGAUUGUGCGGCGCCCUUUGACCUUUCCCAUUUUCUUCACGACAUCCAAGACUGCGCCGGGCACAGGCAAAGGAGCACAAUUGUCUAAGUUGGCGGAUAUCUUUAGCCGGUCGCGCCCCGCUCCACUGACUUUUUUGUAUCACGUGGACGAUCAAGAUCCGAUUUGCAAGAACGUGACAUCCUACGGCCAUCACGGUGUGCAUUGGGCGGAGGAGGACCCGCGUGCUUUGGAUCAGAUCGUGUGGGAGCUCUGCUGGCUCUAG